AUGGCUGUAUCUCCUUUUGAAAAUACAACAGAAUAUACAUUUUUAUUUUCAUCCUCACAAAGAUAUCGACGUUAUGGAUCUUGUUCAGAUUUAAAUAGUCAUACUAAUGAAUAUAAUAUGAGGAAAGUUAAAAGAAUUUCAAUGAUUGAACAUGAAAUAAAGGCCAAUGAAACGUUGCAAAGUAUAUGUCUUAAGUAUGAAUGUAAUGUUAGUGAAGUUAAAAGAAUUAAUAAAUUAUGGAAUAAUGAAGAUUUAUUUACACGAAAAAGUAUUAAAAUACCAAUAUAUUUAAAUAAAAAUAGUAAUUAUAAAUUUGAAGUUAUUAAAGAUAAUGAAAAUGAAUGUGAUAAAUAUUUAUACAAUACAUCUAGUAACAAAAAACAAAAAAAAGAAGAUAAUAUUGUAUCAAAUAUAGGUACAUCAUCUUCAAGAAUUCCAUCAAGUGCCGAGUCAAUAAAAGAUUUUUUAAAUAGAAUUGAUAGGACAACGAAAAAGUCAAUAAAAGCUGUUAAAAAUUUUGAAAAGAAAAAAAAUGAGGUUAUUGAUAUUAUUGAAAAUAUAUCUUGA